GAGACGUUUCUGCCAGUGUUUGGUGUCAGCGGACCGGGGUGAUUCAAACAAGACAAACCGGCUUUGUUCAGUCAUAGCAGUACGUGUCGUUCAUUGUAGAUGCUCUGACGACUCUACCUGAAAGUUUGAUAUCAGUAUUGUUUAACCAUGUCCGGAAAAAUCAAAAACCGAGCUGCUGCCAACGCAGAGACACUAUCUGGCGGCGUGUCCUGCGAUGAGCGCAUCUUGCGGGAUUGUCAUCAGCUCUACACGGAUCCCGACAGCGGAUUGAUCACAGUGGCUGAAUCUGUUGGUGUGAAGUUGCUGCCGCCCAGGAAAAAGAUCACUGUAUUGCUGAUGGGGAACCACUCUGCUGGGAAAAGCUCCUUCAUCAACUGGUAUGUUGAAGAGCACAUCCAGCGCACUGGAGUGGCGAUUGAGACGCAAGGCUUCAGCUUUGUGACGAGUGGACGCAAGAGAGAAUCUCUCACAGGAAAUGCCACACUUCAUCUGUAUCCACACUUCAAGCCACUGCAACAGUUCAAAGGUGUUUCAGAGUACUUGAGCACAGAGAUCUGCACGUCGCGGCAGAAACGGUUCAGCCUGGUGACUUUUGUGGAUUCACCAGGCUUGGUGGAUGGUGAUAUGAAGUAUCCCUUUGAUGUGGAUGAGGUUAUCCUGUGGCUGGGCGAUGUCUGUGACCUGAUAUUGGUCUUCUUCGACCCAAUGGGUCAGGCUCUGUGUAAGCGCACUCUCAACAUUGUGGAGAGCCUAAAUGAGAAACACGGAGAUCGGCUGCAUUUUUACCUGAGCAAAGCUGACGAGGCCGGGGGAGAGUCUGACAGACAGAGAGUAAUGAUGCAGAUUGUUCAGGAGCUCUGCAAGCGGCCGGGACUCAACAAAUGUGGUUUUGACAUGCCCACCAUCUACAUUCCUAAUCCAAACAAGCCAAGUCGCUGUGUCAAUCAGAUUGAGGAGGUCUGUCGCACCGUUGAAAAAACUAUUAACCAGACAGUCCAGAAUACACUCAACUCCCUGGAGAAGGACUGUGAGACCAUCAGCGAGGCCAUCACUGAUAUGCUCAUUAAUGACAGGCAGACCAGCACUGAGAACCGACGGGCGCGCUGUAAGAGCUGCUUUCUGACUCUGCUGGGCUUCACCGUCCCAAUGGCUCUGAUGGCCUUACUGGUGUUGGGCACUCUGUCUAAGGAGCUGCUGGAGAUGGCUUUGGGCCAAGAAGGCAGAGCCGUACUUGCGCUCUAUCUGACUCCCUUAGUGACCGUGUUUGAGUCACUCUCAGUGGAGCAGCGGCUUUACGGCGGUGGCGGAAUGGUCCUCCUCUCCUUCCUCAUGCUCAUCAUCGCACGCUUUUCCUUCAGGACUCGGGCAACCCUGUCAGGCAAACAGAAAAGGCAACUGCAAGAGAAGCUGGAGUAUGUUCAGGAGGUGGUCAAGACCAAAAAGAAGAAGCUAUAUGAAGAUUAUCUACGCCAGAGUGUCAGCGAUCAUGACAUGGACUUGUGAAGAAAGACUGAGAUGUACACUGAGGACUCAGCAUCCCCACAGUGACAUAGGACCAAAUGGAAUUUCACCUUUUCAAUGUUUCACUCUAGCUUUCAUGUCACUCAAAAAGCCAAUGCUGUGUCUUUGUACACUCAUAGAAACCCAUCAGAGUUCUGGUGCCGUGCAUACUGUAAUACAAUUUACCUAUUAGAUAAUGUUUCCUCUGUACAAACUGUUAAACACACUACCUGCAGAGAAGUAGGGUUUGGCCUCAAGGCAAAAUGAGCUCUUAUGACUGAUCACUUAUUUUUUUGUAAACAUUAAUACAUGUACUCUGUGCCUCUGCUCCACUCCAUUAUUAAUACAGGCCUAUACCACUUAAGAUAUUUAAAAUUGUCAAACUAUUUAUAAUAUUGCUUUAUCAGAGAAAUUGUAUUUUGGUUAAACAACAAAUAGCACUGGUUUACAUGAGUCACUUUGUAUGAGUUAAUGUUUUUUGAGACUUUCACCAGCAUUUUAUACAGUACUUUGGUUGCUUUGUAUCAUGAAGUUACAGUUUUGCUAUAAAUGCAGUUCACACAGUGAAUGUCUGUUACUUAAUAUGUAGAAUAUUCAAUUAUCUGCACAACUCCUGUUAUAGAAGGAAAUGAAGAUUGCAAGCCAGCAAUCAACAUUUUAUCGGUACCAGACCAACAUUUUGUAUUUCUCUUUCUUACAUUGUGACUGUGUUUUAAUUACAACUGAUUUAAA